UGUUCCGGGACUGAACCCAUUGACAGGAGACUGAAGGAACGGAGAUACUCGCCUAGUCUAAAGACGAUAUGUAUAUAUAUAUAUUUUAAUAUAUUUUCCACUUCAGAACGAGGACUUGGAGGAUUUAAUUGCGGUCGGACAUGAAGUGAUCGAAACGUUCUGCAGUGUUUUUUUUUUGAGUCAGCUGCAUCUAGUCCUCUGUGCUGUAAUGCAGUAUCAGCACUGAGAAGGGCUGGCGUGUGGUUCCUGAACACCUUGUCCCAUGCCCGCAGUCCCGGGCUGAGGUGCUCUCCUAGGGGCUGUGCUGACUCCCUUAGUACCCGGAGCCAUGGAGCACACUCGGGACAAGGAAGGCGAGCGGCCAGCCCGGAGUGGCAAGCCCACGCAAGGGCGGGGCACACACUCUCGCCCGUCUGGGUCCUCCGGGGUGCUGAUGGUGGGGCCAAACUUCCGCGUGGGGAAGAAGAUUGGAUGUGGAAACUUUGGAGAGCUGAAGCUUGGUAAAAACCUUUACACCAAUGAAUAUGUGGCAAUAAAACUGGAGUCUGUGAAGUCGAGGGCACCACAGCUGCAUUUGGAGUACCGGUUCUACAAAACUCUGGGCAGCACAGUGGAGGGUCUGCCGCAGGUCUUUUACUUUGGCCCAUGUGGGAAGUAUAAUGCAAUGGUUCUGGAGCUUCUGGGUCCCAGUCUGGAGGACUUGUUUGACCUGUGUGACCGAACAUUCUCCUUGAAGACAGUCCUCAUGAUUGCCAUUCAACUGAUAUCCCGGAUGGAAUAUGUCCACUCGAAAAACCUCAUUUACCGGGAUGUCAAGCCAGAGAACUUCCUCAUCGGGCGGCAGGGCAGUAAAAAGGAGCACAUCAUUCACAUCAUUGACUUUGGGCUGGCAAAGGAGUAUAUCGACCCAGAGACCAAAAAACACAUACCUUACAGAGAACACAAGAGUCUGACUGGCACUGCACGCUACAUGUCCAUCAACACACACUUGGGAAAAGAGCAAAGUAGACGAGACGACCUGGAAGCACUUGGGCACAUGUUUAUGUACUUCCUGAGAGGUAGUCUGCCAUGGCAGGGCCUGAAGGCAGAUACACUGAAAGAGCGUUACCAGAAAAUUGGAGACACCAAGCGGAACACUCCUAUUGAGGUUCUCUGUGAGAACUUCCCAGAGGAAAUGGCUACGUACCUGCGUUAUGUGCGGCGGUUAGAUUUCUUCGAGAAGCCUGAUUACGAAUACUUAAGGACUCUCUUCACCGAACUCUUUGAGAGAAAAGGAUACACGUUUGACUACACGUACGACUGGGUCGGCAGACAGAUCCCGACACCAGUUGGGUCGGUUCCUGUGGAUUCAGGCGCUUCUGCCGUCACCAGAGAGACCCACACCAACAGAGAGAGACCGUCACAACAUCAGCCACUGCGUAACCAGACACCUGGCUCGGAGCACAGGGGAGCGUGGGACGUGCAGCCACACCGGCAGACCAACCUGUCCUACCUGAGCUCGUACCUGGCCACUGAGAGGCAUGGUGGCUCCGCACAGGUUAUCAGCUCAACCAAUGGGGAAUUGAAUGUAGAUGAGCCUCUGGUAGCCCAUUCCAAUGCACCAAUUACAACACAGGCAGAUGUGGAAGUGGUGGAUGAGGCUAACUGCGUGAAAAUGCUCAACUUGUGGUGCUGCUGCUUCUUCAAACGCAAGCGGAAGAAGAGUUCUCCCCGGCACAAAUGAGCCCAAAUCCCCUGCUUACUUCCACUGCACUGCUGAUGUGAGCCUCUCCAGGGAACCCUGUUCAUGGCUGGAACUUAAAAGGCCAAUACAUACACACAGUGGUUUAUUGCCCUGCAGCAACCCUAGACUCCAAAGACAGGCUCAUUACCAGUCCAGAGUCACCUGGACGAGACUGUGUCUCGCCCAGUCUGUUCAUCCAAAUUUUCCUUUAUUUAUAUUUUUCGUAUUUUGAUGUUUUUGUGGAGGUCUCUCCUUGUGAAGAGCCUGUCAACAGUGGAUCAUCAAGCUUCACUUCUGCAGUCACAUUUAGAUAUGGAUACUUUAGCAGAAAUUCUAGUGUCGUUUCUCCCAAACAGCUCUAGGGCCUUUCUCUUUCUACUUCCUGGUCUUAUUUGUCCUAUUCCUCCCAAUUUCCCAUUGCUUUUGGACACAGUGGAAGUCAUUACCUAGAUUCCCCGUAGCACAACAAGCUUAUACUCCAGUCCAGUUUUCUCAUGCACUUUCUGUGCAAUCUGAAUAUAAAUCUCCGUUCCCUCCAUUAGUGAUUAACCGUCACCUAAAACCAUAAAGUCAGCAAUAGCAAUACAUAUACAGCGGAGUCACCACAUGAUCAGUUUUUGAGUGAUUCAGGGGCAUAGUGGGAACGCUGUUUGAAGCUCCCCUCCCAACACACCAUGACAAUCAUGAUUAGGGGAGUGUGUUACACUGGACAGAUACAUUAUUGCAUGUUAAAGUGCAAUAGGUACCAUGCUGUUUUGUGCAAGUAUGUUCAGUCCUAUCGGGUUUUGGCAUAGAGAACUGACUUCCCAGACGAUUUCGUCUUUGUCCCUUAAUAUCAAAAUCUGAAAGACUAUUCCAUAUAUUAAAGUAUUUAUCCUGAAGGUAUUUGUGGCAUGCAAAAUGUUUGAUUAGAUAACCAAAAGCCAUAUUUCAUGGAACUGUGUAUUUAAUCCUAUUGUAGUUUGCAUGAUCCUCCUCACGGCCUCCCCUAAUACAGUUCGUGGCAGGUGCAUAAAAAGAUGAACCCAAUUCCGUAUCACUCCUUGGCUUGAGACUGCGUCCAGCAUUGUUAACUACUGCAAUAUAGAAUCUUUCAGCAUCUGAGUGUGCAAUACUGUUUCCUGAAUACUUAGAGAUUAGCUAUCAUUCUCCAAUUUUCAGUUUCACAAAUUUUCAGUAGUGAUUCGUGUUUCUUUAAGAUUACUAUUCCCCUAUGAUUGUUUCUAUAUACAUGAAUGUGGUUGCAUGGUAGGGAGGAAGCAACUCCUCUUACUUGGUUUCAGGGCUCUGCUCCUGUGCCCCCUGCUGGACUAACUGUCUAAUGCCUUAACUAGACUGUCACUCAACAGAAAUGCACUCAGACCAGCCAUGGGUAAAGAACCCAGUCUGACACCUACAUCAGAUAGAUGACUCAUUAGAGUUAACUUUGAGCCAGUCCCUAUCAUAACUGGAGACUGCAAACUAGUCACACCUUGGCAACACAGGUAUUCAUGUAAGUGACAUACUAAGGCCCAAACUGCUACAGGCAUGGGAUGAUGGGGAUUGAAUGAAGAUAUUAAGGAAUGGUGUUUCAUUGCAACUUUCCAGACUAAGUGAAGGUGAUGAAGAAGAGUUAAGGUUUACCCUAAACACAUUGUUUUGUUCUAAAUCUUUUUGAAUAUUUCUGCUUUCGUCUUCAAACUUGUUUUUCAUUUGUUUUGAUUGAAUGUGAGUUUCCCCAUGUAUGAUCUAACUAGCAGCUGUACUAUUUAUAGCAUUAAUACUAUUGCAACACAUUUCUGCUGCAAGACUUUGUUCUGUUUCACUUAUUUCAAUUUUAGAUAUGGAUUUACAGUCUGAAGGGUUUUUGUUUGUUGUUGUUUUUCUUGUCUUAAGGUUUAUUUUAUAUUUUGAUGAACCAUGCCUCAAAGGAAAGUUGACUUAUGAUGUGAUUCUGUGCAUUUCCAGUAUAUGUGCUCACUUUAUUUGGUAUUUUAUUGUGAAUACUUGUAUGAUUGUUUAGAGAACACUAAGGUGUCAUCGACACCUCCUGGUGGGGUGGAUGACAAAAUCUGUGUUAGAUUUAUACUUUUCCCACAGAAUAGUCAUAUAGACAUAUAACUGAUUGGUAUGGUGCAAAACUAUUGUAGAUUUCAUUUAAUUCUUUUUGUUUGGGGUUGGGUUUUAUUUUUGAUUUUGUUUUUUCUUUUGACACUGACUGAACCAGUCUUGAAAUAUACUUGAGUUUGAAAUGCACUUGAGUCAGGAAACAUCAUCUUACCUAGGCCUGUCUUCAUUAGAAAUCCUAGAGUUGGUGACUUAGUAUUAAAUUAUCUUUGUCACUGUACAUAUAGAAACGGAUUCAGAAGCAGCCAUCAUACAAUGAGCUGCUCCAUGUGAAAUGUGUACUUGCAUCUGAAUGAGUGCAUUUUGAAAAGGCUUUUAGUAACUUUAGCUGUCAUUUCCAAAUCAUCCCCUUCUGACUUUAUGGUAUUCAAUGUUUAAGUAUUCGAAUAUAAAUUGCUUUGUAAUCUCAUAUUUAUAUAUAUUUUUUCUUUCAGGAGAGUGUAUUGAGAUUAUGUAACCAUACACAGAAAUGCUCUGGGGCGUGGUAACGAGGCAUGUUGCAGAUGUUUUCUUCUUUACACCACUAUUUAUUUGCAAAGCAAGGAAACUUGCUUGAAUAAAAAAAGGGCCACUGUUAGAGAGAACAUACCUUCAUCAGUUAUCAUCUUUCCACUCUAGAGUAUUAAAAUUAAUGAUCUGGUUUCUCUUUCACAGGUUAAGAUAGAAUCUAGUAUCAGCUAAAAGGAUUUUAACAGAAACUUAAAGAUUUUAUGUCUUUGAUCUAAUAGAAUGCAUGGACCAUUGUCACAUGUUUAAAAAAUGUAUUCAUUGAAAACUUGUCUUAAGAUAUGGGAAACAUUUCCUUGUGUGGUUUUCCGACAUCUGAUGUGAUGAACUUUGAACCUGCUCAGUUUAAAUCUUUAAAUCUGCUCAGUUGUGUCUUUGACUGCAGAAUAUUUUAUUUCCUGUUGUAAAUUAUGUAAAAUAUUUAAUUGUUUGAUGGUCUUAUGGUCAAAAUGAAGUCUGUUUUAGACUGUUUUUAUUUUUUCCUUUCUAAUUUUAAACUGUAAAGCAGACUUGUGCAAGAUAUGAAUGCAGUUGUCUGGUGUUGGCCCAAAAUUGGUUUUAACGGUUUAGUCCUAAACGACUAUUUUUCCAGGCAAGGUUUCCACCUCAUUUUGGACACUCAGUGUUUUUUGUUUAGUUUUGUUGUUGUUGUUGUUGUUGUUGUUUUUACUGAAAAUCCUUUUUAACAUAGAGUAGUAUUAGGCUUAAUCUGUGUCUGGAAACACUGGCCCAACUGUAUUAUUGCUAUUGUGUUAAAAUAUUGAAUGUCACUUCCAAAAUGUAUCUUUAUGCUUUAAGUGUGCUUAAGGGCUCCAGUUGUGGAAAAAACCCAUUUGUUUUUCAGAUUUGGAAAGUUUCUGUUGCAAAGAGUCAAGCUGGCUCUGGGUUUAAUGUCUGCCAUUCAGAGGCACUGUGUGUACUGCCACACAAACCUUGUUGAAAAAUUCACUUUUUAUUCCUUCCACCCCGAGGGGGAAGCUCAAGUUUGGACCCUUUUUUUAUGUAAAAUAAAAAAAAAAAGAAAUCACUUGACCUUCA